AUGCCCGCCUCCGAAGUCAGCGAUGACUCCGACGUCGACGACUUCAUCAUUGACAUUGACAACAUCGAAGCUCAUGGCAUUGGAGCGGCCGAUGUCAUCAAGCUGAAAGCUCAUGGCUAUUUCACUGUUGCUUCUGUUCAUGGUGCGACUCGCCGGACUUUGCUCAAGAUCAAAGGAUUCAGUGAAAUAAAGGUUGAGAAGAUCAAGGACGCUAUUCAGAAAUGUUUGCCAACUGCGAAUGGCUUCAUAACUGCCAUAGAACUUUGUCAUCAACGAAAGAAAGUUUUCAAAAUCUCGACCGGCAGCAAACAGUUCGAUACCAUCCUGGGAGGUGGCUUCCAAAGCUCGAGUAUUAGCGAAGUCUACGGCGAAUUCCGCUGCGGCAAAACCCAACUCUCCCAUACAAUGUCCGUCAUAGCUCAGCUACCCAAGGAAAUGGGCGGCGGGGAAGGAAAAGUCGCUUACAUCGACACCGAAGGAACCUUCAGGCCUGAUCGGAUAGCACAGAUUGCAGAGCGCUACGGUCUUGAUGCUGAAUCCACGCAGGAGAAUAUCUCUUAUGCCCGUGCUUUGAACAGUGAGCAUCAACUUGAGCUUCUGAAUACGCUUUCGAAGGAGUUUGCGGGCGGUCAAUAUAGGCUUCUUGUCAUUGACAGCAUUAUGAACUGCUUUCGUGUUGAUUUUUCGGGUCGUGGAGAGCUUGCUGAACGGCAGCAGAAGUUGAAUCAGUUUCUGAUUAGACUGUCUCAUUUAGCUGAAGAGUUCAACGUCUGCGUCUUAAUGACCAACCAAGUACAAAGUGAUCCAGGAGCCAGUGCCCUCUUUGCAGGCGCUGAUGGUCGCAAGCCUGUGGGGGGACAUGUUCUUGCUCAUGCCUCUACAACACGAGUCCUGCUUCGUAAAGGCCGUGGUGAUGAGCGAGUUGCAAAGAUUCAGGAUUCGCCAGAUUGCCCCGAACGCGAAGCAACUUAUGUCAUUACCAACGGUGGUAUCAACGACCCGGAUAAGGUCUGA